AUGUUGGCUUCAUUCUUUGUCCUUCUUUCUUUAAGUCUUAUUAUUGGUUCCUAUGAGCAAAAUGUGAAUUCUAUCGUAGCUAUUGGUGAUUCAUUUACAGGCGCAGGUAGUGGUGGUGGUGUAACCAAAUCUUAUCCAAUUGUUGCUGGAAAUAUACUUCGAUGGCCAGCAGUUAAUUACGCAAAAGGUGGAGCAGUUAUGAAAGAUAUUCCCGGUCAAUUAGUUAAAGCUGCAUCUGCAUUAGCUAGUGCAACUCAUGUUGUUUUUACUAUUGGUGGUAAUGAUCUUGGUGUAGCUAAUUCUCUUCUACAAGUUAUCUUAGCUAAUAAUAUUACUGGUGUUACACAAAAAGCUAAAAGUCUCAAACCACAACUUGUCUCUACUUAUAAUCGUAUUAAAGCUGCUGUUCGUCCACAAACUAAAAUUUAUGCUGUUGCAUAUGUUGAUUUUAUUAGUGUUGGUAACAAAAUUCCUAAUGAAGCUAGUUGUCAUAAAAUAAUGGAUAUAUUAACCGAUACAAUAAAAGAAGCUACUCAAGAAGCUGGUAUUGCUUUUAUUGAAUCUGUUAAAACAUGUUUUGUUGGGCAUGAAAUGUUUUCAUCUGAACCAUUUGUUGAUAGUUUAUUUGCUUCAACUAAUGCAGCUCAUCCAAAUUCAAAGGGUUAUGCUAAAAUCGGCGAAUUAGUUGCUGCUCAUCUUUUAUUAGAUCAAUAA